CACACACGCACACACCAAAGAAUGGUCAAUCCUGCUAGUGGCGAACAAAGUCGGAACAUCAUUUUUAAGAUAAACACAAAGAUUAUGCAAACUAGUAAUAGGCAAAAGAUUCCUAGGAUGCACCCAGGGGCGGACCUAGGAGGGCUCUAGCCUGCCUACUGCCCAAGACCUUCAUUAGAUCAAAGGAGGAAGAUGAGAAGAAGAGAGGGGAAAAAAGAAGAAGAAUAAGAGAAAGAAAUAGCUUAUUGCCCAACCAUAGUGCAUAAAGAAGAGUUUUCUCUUUCCUCUACUCUCUCUCCUACUACACGAGUAGAAUAAAUAGCUGCCGCUUGUUGAUGUUUUUUACAUAAGCAUCGAGAAAGUGAACCACAAUUUUUGUUUACUAUAAAGAUACGUAGCUUUCCUGCGUAUUCUCGAACGAAAAAGAAAGGAACCACGAUAAAAAUCCAUCUGUUCAUGGGUCCCGGCUUGUAUUAUUGGGCAACAGCCAUCGCCCUUGACCUUAGGAAAAAAGGGAAGCAUCGGGGACCGUCACCACUGAGAAAACGAAUCAACGCUCCUCAUCUUCCUUCCCAUUUCCGUCAGCAUGACAGCUGACAGCGCUUAAAGAUUCAUUUCCAACAGCAUGACAGCAUUGAAAGAUUCAUCGAUCGGCAAGACUGUAGAAUUGAUGAAUAAAUGAAUAAUUGGACUAAGAGUGACCGAUGCGGUUACUUCAGCAUUAUACCUGUAUUUUGAUAAGCAAUUUGCUCUUCACAAGUCCCUCAUCCAAGAGCAAGCAACGGCGUCGCUCGCCGGCCGCCGGCCAUGGCAUCCCGGUUUUUCUUUCUUGUCGUUGCCGUCGUGGCCCGGCUCUGCAGCGCCGCUAUGGCGACUGGUGGUCAGGCCGACGACAUCUUGCGGCCGUGGCCGCCUGACUGCUCGACGGCGGACAACUACACGGCCGACAGCCAGUACAAGAAGAACCUGGACCAGCUCCUCGCCGCGCUCCCCGCGGCGGCCGGCGACAACGGCUGGUUCUACGAGGGCAGCGCCGGGGCCGGCACCGACGACGAGGUGUUCGGCCUCAUCAUGUGCUACGCCGACCACAACGCGACGGCGUGCCUCGACUGCCUCUCCAGGGCGCCCGCCGGGAUCGCCACGGUGUGCCCGGGCAGCCGGAACGUUCGCGCCAUGUACGACGCGUGCGUGCUCCGGUACUCGGCGGCGCCGAUCCCGGCCACCGCGGACCUCAGCUACUUGCACUCCGUGAACGGGACCGUCCGUGGGGUGCCCGUCGGCGUCACCUCGGAGAGCGCCCGGGCAGCCUGGGUGGCGCUGAUGAGCGAGCUCACGGGCGGCGUCGCUGGCUCGCCGCUGCGGCUCGCCAACGGCAGCACGCCGUACUCGGGCUCGCAGGCUAUGUACGGCCUGGCGCAGUGCACCAGGGACCUCAACGCCAGCGAGUGCUCCAGCUGUGUCUCAAGCUACACGGACAGGCUGGGGGACCUGUUCCCCAACAACACCGGCGGCGCCAUCAAGGGGUACAGCUGCUACCUGCGCUACCAGGUGGGCGUCCUCGACAUCACCCUGCCGCCGGCGCCAACUCCCCCGGCGAUAUCCGUAGGACCUUCAUCGUCUUCCAAGAGCGCCGAUCAUUCCAAGACCAUCGGGAUCCUGAUCGGCGUGUUCGUCGGUUCCAGCUUGAUAGCCCUGGUCUUCUUCAUGCGACUCCCCCGGCGAAAGAGGGAAAAAAGUAAGCUCGUCGAUGAAGAAGCAGCAAGAGAGAUGGACGACGAGUUCGAGGAAGGGACCGGGCCAAAGCAGUUCCGCUACAGCGAGCUCGCCAUGGCCACCGACUACUUCUCGGACAAGCGCAAGCUCGGAGAAGGUGGGUUCGGGUCAGUGUACAGAGGCUACAUUAAGGAGAUGGACCUUCACGUCGCCAUCAAGAGGGUGUCCAAGGGUUCGAAGCAGGGCAGGAAGGAGUACGCCUCGGAGGUCAGGAUCAUCAGCCUGCUGCGGCACCGUAACCUUGUGCAGCUCAUCGGUUGGUGCCAUGGCGGCGGCGAGCUCCUCCUCGUGUACGAGCUGAUGCCCAACGGCAGCCUCGACACGCACCUCUACAGCGCCAGGGACGGCGCCCUGCUGCCAUGGCCGCUGCGGCACGAGAUCGUGCUCGGCCUGGGGUCGGCCCUGCUGUACCUUCAUCAGGAUUGGGAGCAGUGCGUUCUUCACAGGGACAUCAAGCCGAGCAACGUGAUGCUGGACGCGUCCUUCCACGCCAAGCUCGGCGACUUCGGGCUCGCCAGGCUCGUCGGCCACGGCCGCCGCUCGCACACCACGGUGAUCGCCGGCACCUUGGGCUACAUAGACCCCGACUGCAUGAUCACCGGCAGGGCCAGCACCGAGACUGACGUCUACAGCUUCGGCGUCGUCCUCCUCGAGAUCGCCUGCGGCCGGCGGCCUCUGGUGGCCGUUAGCCGCAGCCACAGGGAAGAAGACGUGAUGAGCCGGCCUCUGGUGGCUCGCCACGGGGAAGAUGGUAGGGAAGAAGACGUGAUCCACAUCGUGCAGUGGGUGUGGGAGUUCUACGGCAGGGGAGCCAUCCUCGACGCUGCCGACGCGCGGCUGAAGGGGGAGUUCGACGCCAGCGAGAUGGAGACGGUGAUGGUCGUCGGGCUCUGGUGCGCGCAACCAGACCGGAGCCUCAGGCCGUCCAUCAGGCAGGCCGUCAACGUGCUCCGGCGAGAGGUGCCACCUCCGAGCCUGCCGGCGGGGAUGCCGGUGCCAAUCUUCCUGUCACCGCCUAAUACUUUAUACUACACAUCUUCAGUUGCGACGAUGGGCGGCAGCACCAGCACCAGCACCAGCACCACCGCUUCUGCACCAGACAAAGAAAAAUGUAGUGCCAAAUUGAUUUAGAUGUUCAUCAUGUUCAUAACAAAAAUGUAGUGCCAAAUUGGUUUAGAUGUUGUUCAUAAAUGCAGUACAAAAGGCCUAGAUGCCAAAAAAGAAAAAGAUUAUGCUAUGUGCAUUCCUAGAGCAAA